GAGCCUUGGGUGGGAAGAAGGUCCUAGUGCUGCCACUACCUCUGCAACAGCUCACAUUCUUGUCUUGUGAGACAGAAGAGGAGCUUAGGGGGUAUAUCAGAGGAGGGAGAGGGGAGGCGGCGGCGGUCGAUGGGGUGCCGGUCCUGCGACAAGCCCAAGAUGAACUACAGGAAGGGGCUGUGGUCUCCUGAGGAGGACCAGAGGCUGCGGGACUACAUCCUCAAGCAUGGCCUCGGCUGCUGGAGCGCUGUCCCUGCAAAGGCUGGUCUGCAGAGGAACGGCAAGAGCUGCCGGCUGCGUUGGAUCAACUACCUGCGGCCCGGAUUGAAGCGCGGCAUGUUCUCUCAGGAGGAGGAGGACGUCGUCAUCAACCUCCAAGCCAAGCUGGGCAACAAGUGGUCGCAGAUCGCGAUGCAUCUGCCGGGGAGGACGGACAACGAGGUGAAGAACUACUGGAACUCGUACCUGAAGAAGAGGGUGAUGCAGCUGGGCUCCAACUCCAGCUCCAACCCGGCCAGCAAGAACAGCGCCUCGCCGGAGCUGCUCACCUCCAUGAGCGCCAACACGGAGCUCAUCAUGACCAGCGGCGGCGGCGGCGGCAGCACGGCGACGUCGACCCACGACCACGACGCCAACAUCGGCAGCAGCGGCGCCGUCUCGGCCGCCGAGCCGUUCGUCGACCAUCAGCACCACCAGCAUCAGGAUGCCAAGAACUACGUCUUCGCCGACUGGAUGCCGACUGCCGCGGCGGUGACGGCGGCGCCAGGGCCGGAGAGCUACUCCAUGUCCGCGCACUGGCCCGCCUCCACGGCCAGCUCCGGCAACGUGACGCCGUCGCACGGCGCCUUCGUCGGCGACCAGAUGAGCGCCACCAGCUACGGCGCGCUGCAGCACACGCACCAGCACCACCAACAGCAGGAACACCAGCACCACCACCAGAGCGCGGUCACCGCCGUGGGCGCCCAUGGCGGCGCCGCCGGAAUGGUGGCCGGAGGCGGCUACUUCGACCUGCUCAACAUGGGCGACAUCUACGGCGGGUUCACCACGGCGAACGACGAUCUGCUCUUCUGAAGUCCAGAGCCAAAUUCUGAUGAUGCCGUGACCCCUGUGCAUGUGUGAUAAACAAAAAUUGUUCGUCGUGUUCAUGUUGUGUAUGUAUGAAAACGGAAAGAGGUGGCAUACUGCUUCAUUAAUUUGAUUCUUCUUCUGCAAGGAAAAUUUUAAAUGUGA